UCACACGUACGAAUCCAAAAUUCAGAUUCGCACGAAGAAGAAGACAACAACAAAUCAUCAUCGUCGUCCUCCUCCAAGGAGGAGCUCUUCAAUUUCAAAUCUAUUCAGGAAUCAAACAUGGGUUUCCUUAUAACAACCCUAAUCUUCCUCGUCGUUGGGAUCAUUGCUUCUUUGUGCGUUAGAAUCUGCUGCAACAGAGGUCCUUCCACGAAUCUGCUGCAUCUUACCUUGGUCAUUACUGCGACGAUCUGCUGUUGGAUGAUGUGGGCAAUUGUAUAUAUUGCACAGAUGAAUCCUCUGAUUGUCCCCAUCUUAAGCGAAACAGAGUAGAAUCCUCUACUCAGACUAGAAAACACAUGCGCAGAGUCGAGUCAUCUUUGAUCCUUCUGUAUGUUCAAUCUUUAAACAGAGUUCCUUCCUGUUUGUAAUUCUUUAUCUUGGUGUGAACAAAAUCAAAAACCUUUUGGCCACUUUACUAUUUCGAGAUUUUGUUGUAUUCACUUCUCU